CAACAGAACGUAUACUGCAGUUACGAAACAUGGCGGGUAUGUUGUCAAAACGAGCGGACAGAGCCUUGGAAACUACCGAUUUCUUAGGAAGUUACCUCAUGGAAGCCCUGUCGAAUGCAUACCAUCCGAUUGAUAAUCCUAACGGCAUCGUCAACCUUGGUACGGUGGAGAACAAGACAUGUGAGGACAUAUGGCUAAAGAAGAUUGAGGAAUUGGCGCCUUUAAUCGCAGACAAAUUGUCGCUGUAUUAUUUCAACUUUUCGGGAUUCGAAAUACUACGUCGAAACAUUGGCAAGUUUUUAGCAACCAAAUUGGAAUUAACGGAGCCUCUUGAUCCGCAAGAGAUGGUACUACUAGAUGGAGUUACCGCUAUAGUCAAUGCAGCAGCGUUAGCAAUCGCUGAUGAAGGCGACACCAUAUUGUGUCCAACACCCUCCUUUGGACGCUUUCUCAAUGACAUAGGGGAUGUGGCCGGUGUCCGCUUCUACGAAGUACCAAUGUUUGAGGAAUGUGAAACUGGAGACGCAGCCCAGUUCCACCUCAGCGUCAUUGAAAAGUAUUAUAACAAAGCUAUUGACGAGGGUCACACUGUGAAAGGAAUCAUACUCUGUAAUCCUCAAAACCCAACAGGGAAGGUAUACAGUAAGCAAGAUGUAUCUAGUCUGCUGGACUUUUGCGCAAGUAAAGAGAUCCACAUCAUUGUUGACGAAAUUUACGCUCUGUCAUGUUACGACAAACCGACAUUCACCAGUGUACUACAGUGUGAUAUCCCGGAUCCGUGUCGUACCCACUUCCUGUGGGGAUUCAGUAAGGAUCUUUCUCUAUCAGGCUUCAGAUGUGGAAUGCUACACAGCAAAAACACCCGACUGAUAAACUAUCUUCGAAAAGUAUCAAUGUUCUGCACAAUUCCAGCACCAGCUCAAAUUAUCUUAAAUGGGAUAAUUUCUGAUACUGAAUGGCUCGACACAGUGUACCUCCCCACCUACCGAAGGCGCUUAAAGGAGCAUCUAAAGUUUACUCUUGUUGGUUUGGAAAAGCUUGGGAUACCAAUCUACCGCGGAACCGCGGGGAGCUAUAUUUGGAUGAAUUUAACGAAGUAUCUUCCCAACAAAACAAGCGAAGAGGAGCUGAAGCUGUUCCAUAAGUUAUUAAAAGGCGGUCUGUACAUAUGUCCUGGUAAAGAAAUGUUCUCUCCUUCCCCGGGAUGGUUCCGCCUCACCUUCUCAAUACACAAAGACCACAUUACAGAAGGUUUGAAGAGGAUGGAAAAGAUCCUGGCCACAUGUUGAAUCCCCGGAGUUUUAGUCUCUUCAAUCCAAAUAUGGUUUGGAUGAUUUUUCUUAGAUUUUGGAUAGUUUUGCUGGCGGAUCUAAUCAAACCAGUGAUGCUAAUAUUUAGAGGGUGUGUGUGAAGUCCGAAAUAAUUCUCUGAUAAUCAAGAGGUAUUGCUUACAUCGUUUCGUUUAGCCAAAAACACCAGCCUUUAUUACAGGAAUAUACCAUCAAUACAAACAUUUUGUAAUUGACAUAUUUUAUGCCAUUGACCACAUUGCAUUUCACUCAAGCGUCAACGUUCAUUAUAACAACAGUGUGAAGGUAACUCAGCUGGUGACUCCACUUUGUCAAAUAGUCCGUUCCCUUGACACUGUAAGGGAGCUAUAUUGUAGGUGACUCCAUUUGUCAAAUAGCCCGUUCCUUUGACACUGUAAGGGACCUACAUGUAUAUAGUAGCUAGAUUUGAAUAACAGAUAUGAUAUGGAUUAAAUGUGUAAUCCUAGAAAUUAUAGAAAGAAAGUAAUAAGAUGUUUAUAAUUAAGAACAUGACAUCUUACCGGAAGAGA